AUGCUUAUGGUGGACAGCAUACUUAUUUUCAUUACGUCCUUCCUGACAAUAUAUUAUUUUUACCGUGUCCGGCGAAAUCCAAGAAAUUUACCUCCUGGGCCAUGGGGCUGGCCAAUACUCGGCUAUCUACCACAUCUUGGGAGUAAACCUCAUCUAACGUUUGUAGAGAUGGUGAAAACUUACGGCUCGAUAUUCCGAGUCCCGAUGGGAUCACAGGAAGUGGUUGUCCUCAACGGUUACAAAGUUAUCAAAGAAGCCCUUGCUGAUAAAGGAGCCAAGUUUGCUGGAAGGCCCACAUGGAAAUCAACAAGUGUAUUUUCUGACGGAGGUACCAAAGGUACCAUUUUCUCCAACGGCUCGGUUUGGACAGAGAAUCGCCGAUUUGAAGUGACUGCCUUAAAGCGCUUUGGAAUGGGAAAACGGAGUAUUGAAGAACCAAUUAUUGAAGAGGUGCAACACUUCUUAGACGCGUUAGAAGUUGAAAGAGGACGCCCGGUCGACACGUCUGCUACCAUCGAGUGUGCUUUGACCAACAUCAUUGCGCAAAUGACACUGGGGCAGCGAUUUGAGUACGGCGACGAGGAGCUGAAGCGUAUACUGGAGAUGACACACGAAGAUGCUGAACUGGUUGGUCCCAACGCCGCUAUUAGUUUUCUCCCGUUACUGUGGUACAUCCCGUGGUUCAGAAAUAAGUCCUGCAAACUGCAACAUAACUGCGCGGAACUGGUGCAUUUUAUCACUAAGUACAUCGAUAAACACAUCGAGACAUUUGAUCCUGAUAACAUCCGAGAUGUCAUUGAUGCCGGAAUUCUCAAGAUGAUAAAAGAAGAAAAGAAUGGUAGACCGGAAGCAUUCGGAAAGAAAUCAUUGGCAUAUGUCAUCAGCGAACUAUUCGGCGCUGGAUUUGAAAGUACCUCCACGGCGUUGAAAUGGUGCGUCCUAUAUAUGGUCAAACACCCCGAGGUUCAGACACGUGUGCAGAAAGAAAUCGACAGCGUGGUGGGUCGCGGAUGCCACGUUUCGUACGACGACGCUAAUCAGAUGCCGUACACGGAGGCUACCAUCAUGGAAGUUCUGCGAGUCGCUAACAUGGCACCGCUGGGCCUGCCGCACGCUACAACGGCGGACGUAGAGCUGAACGGUUAUACCAUACCAGAGGGAACAUGCAUCUUUGCCAACGUAUGGUCGGUACACAUGGAUCCCAAUAUUUGGCAGUGUCCGGAUAAAUUCAACCCAUUGAGGUUCAUUGGCGAAGAUGGCAAGUUGAUGAAAAGCAAAGCCUUCAUGCCAUAUUCUUUGGGUCGUCGUCGCUGCGUUGGAGAACAAUUGGCCAGGCACGAAUUGUUUGCCUUCUUCGCUAGUCUCCUGCAGAGGUUUUCAUUGCGACUACCGGAGGGGCAUCCAGACCCGCCAACAGAUGGAGUACCGGGAUUGUCAAUUGCGCCGUUCCCUUUUCAAGUCAUCAUUAGUGACCGAAGAGAUGACAAGGCCGCUUAACCCGCUGCCUGUCAUAUUAUUUUUAUUUUAUCGGGAAAGGUCUUUAAUCGUGCUUUACAAGAAUCUCAAGACCGAUCAUGUGACCCAAACCCUAGCUUUUCAGUGCCAUGACUCUCAACCCGCCGGCGGGUAUCCGUAUUAAACAGAGAAGUUACAUACCAAACUACUGAUCCCUGUUGUAUACUGCCACAGCAUAAGUACGCAAUGUACGUAAGAACUUUCUGAGACUUUUCGUUUACUACUUGGAAGUCGUUGUAACAUUAUGUUACAUUUAUUUAGUGUUUGUGCAGGACAUUGCAUAGUGUGAUGCCACGUUUGCGUUACUCGUGCCUUUAACAAGACUGAUAGCAUAACGCAUUAGUAGUGGUUUCUGGAAUAAACACACUAAUAAUACUAAUCCAUAUUUUUGAUAUUUAUUCAGAUAUAUUUUUAUAAGCUAUUUAUUAAUUUAAGUUCUGUUGGGACAUUUUUAUGGGAUGAAUUAAACUGAAUAUGGUAUAAAA